AUGGUCAACUGUAAUGGACUACGUCUGAAGAGAGUUCCUGUUCAGUUGCCAAUCAAUACCACUACAUUACUUCUCAGCAACAACUCGCUGACGAACCUGACAGAUCAAAUGUUUCAACGAUUCCCUCAUCUUCGACUUCUUGACCUUUCUUAUAAUUCGAUCUUUGCUAUUCAUGACAAUGCCCUUCAUGGAAUAUCCAAACUAAAGACGCUAAACCUAGAGUUUAAUCACUUGUUGCUGGACUCAAAAACCUACCACCCUAACAUGUUCAGGGAUCUCACGGAAUUAGAAGAGUUAAGGAUCGUAGAUAACGAUAACGACACAUCUCGUCCUCACGCCACAUACCCAGACCAGACUCUGAAACACUUGACAUCCUUGAAGGUUCUACAUCUUGAUGGACUUCCGGCUGAUUUUGGACCUGGAUUCAGUCAAAUGAGGAACCUGAGGAAUUUGACUCUAUCCGGCUAUAGGAAGUAUUGUAAGCUUCCAGUGUUACAGAACACCACGUUCUCCAAUGUACCAACAGUUCACCUUCUGAAUAUCAGCUUCUGUGACGUGAAAAGGACCGAUCUUCUCACGUUUCAGCCUCUUAAACAAAUUCACCUGAUAGACAUCUCGGACAAUGAACGUCUUUCGUUUGACAAUCUCACCAAUGCUACAUAUGGUCUUCAACAUUCAUCACUACAAGUUCUACGAGCUAAUCGUCCGCUAAGAGGUUUGCGGAAUUUAAGAGUCUUAGACCUUUCCUACAAUGGACUCCAAAGAAUGAGACCAAACGUUUUUGAAAAAGAUAAUUCACUGCAAAAGCUUAAUCUUCAUCACAACCACCUCGGGAUAGCUUUGGGAAAGGACAAUACCGGAAAUAUCUUUCACAGAUUGGGAGAAAUUCAACAUCUCGACCUUUCAAGAAAUCGCAUAACAUUUUUACCUACCAGAAUAUUUAGAGGCCUGACAAAUGCCAAAACGAUCAACCUGAGUAACAAUUAUUUGAAAUCGUUUCACGUCUAUCUCAGUAAAUCCAUUACAAAUCUAAGCCUUAGUGGGAAUCAGAUACAAAUGUUGUCUUCUCGUGCUCUGAAAGAAUUUGACAAAUUACCUGAGUUGGUGCUAAAUCUAGAAUUUAAUCCGAUAUCCUGCACAUGUGAGGGAUUAUACUUCUUAAGAUGGCUGAGUAAAAACAAACAUCGCGUAGUUGGAAUCAAAAGGAUGUCUUGCUGUAUGAAGUCCGAUAAUACAACUGACUCUGACACCAACAGUUUAGAUGAGAUUAUUGGAAUUUUAGACAAACGGUGUGAUGGUGUCAACAUUAUGAUCGUUUCGGUGUCGUUAUCUGUAUUGAUCUUACUUCUUGGUGUUAUUUUUGUUGCGAUUGGAUAUCGUCACAGGUGGACGCUCAGGUACCUGUACCACGUAGGGAGGCGGGGCUAUCACAACAAACUCGCUGUUGACAAUGAAUCCAAUGAUCCUUUUGAGUACGACGUAUUCGUGUCCUAUGCAGAGCCGGAUAGAAGGUUCGUCAUUGACACGAUGAUGCCCGAGCUUGAGACAAAAGCUGAACUGCGCAUGUGCAUCCACGACAGAGACUUCCUGCCAGGGGAGGUAAUCGCCACGAACAUCGUUGACGCCAUUCAAAGGAGUCGGAAGACCUUGGUUGUUUUGUCCCCUGCUUUCUUGAAGAGCCACUGGUGCGAGUUCGAGUACAAUAUGGCUAGGAUGGAAGGAGUGAGCCGAAGACAGAAUAUAGUGAUAAUAGUUCUGUAUGAAUAUGUUAAGGUGAAGGACUUGCCGAAGGACAUGGUAGUGAUGUUACGAAACAACUCCUAUCUAGAAUACAGUGAGGAGGUAUUCGGGAACGUGGUCUUCUGGGGAAAUGUAGUGGAAGCAAUAAAGGCAGUUAGAAUCGCAGACUGA